AUAAUUAUAGAGCCAAAAUUGCGGAACUACCGUUUUCGAUGUUUCGGACACCAAAAUUGCGGAACUACCGUUUUCGAUGGUUCGGACAUAGAAUAAUAUGACGGUCCCAGCCAAGUCAAGUCAACGAUCAAUUCAGACCCCCCCUCUCUCUUGAGAGAGAGAGCAGAGCCAAAACAGAGGAGGACGAGGAGGGUGUUUUGUUUUGAAAGAGAGAGAGAGUGAUGAUGAUGAAAUCAGAGACGUUGACUUUGAUACUGGUGAAUCUGGCUGGGAUCAUGGAGAGAGCCGACGAGUCUCUGCUUCCUGGAGUUUACAAGGAGGUCGGCGCGGCUCUCCACACCGACCCAACUGGCCUCGGCUCACUCACUCUCAUCAGAUCCAUAGUACAGUCGGCUUGCUACCCACUCGCCGCCUACCUCGCUGUCCGUCACAACCGUACCCACGUCAUUGCCCUUGGCGCUUUCCUCUGGGCCGCCGCCACUUUUCUCGUCGCCAUCUCCUCCACUUUCUUGGAGGUGGCAGUUUCAAGAGGUUUGAAUGGAAUAGGACUUGCCAUAGUCACACCAGCCAUUUUGUCCCUUGUUGCUGACUCAACUGAUGAGACCAAUCGUGGUAUGGCUUUUGGAUGGUUACAAUUAACAGGAAACAUUGGCUCAAUCAUUGGUGGGCUUAGUGCAGUGCUGAUAGCCUCAACAUCAUUCAUGGGUAUCCCUGGUUGGAGAAUAGCCUUCCAUCUUGUUGGGCUAAUUAGUGUUAUAGUCGGUAUGUUGGUCCGCCUCUUUGCCAAUGAUCCCCACUUUUCUGAUAGUAAUGCUGAAGCUCAAAUUCCACAAAAACCCUUCUGGUCCGAACUGAAGGAACUGCUCAAGGAAGCAAUGUCAGUAAUAAAAAUACCAUCUUUCCAAAUAAUUGUGGCCCAAGGUGUUGCUGGAUCAUUUCCUUGGUCAGCUAUGUCAUUUGCCCCUAUGUGGUUAGAGCUUAUUGGCUUCUCCCACAAGACAGUGGCAUUACUCUGGACUCUUUUUGUCAUUGCUGGUUCACUUGGUGGUCUAUUUGGCGGAAGGAUGGGGGACAUCCUUGCUCAACGCUUUCCAAAUUCUGGUAGAAUAAUUCUUUCACAGAUAAGUUCCGGUUCAGCUAUCCCUUUAGCUGCAAUACUGCUGUUAGCAUUGCCUGAUGAUCCUUCCACAGCCUUCCUGCAUGGUUUUAUCUUGGUCAUCAUGGGAUUAAUCAUAACCUGGAAUGCUCCAGCUACAAAUAA